AUGCCCCAAGACGCGAAGACUGCUAUCGAGGAAGGCACGCAGAUGUACCGCCCGGGAGGGUUUCACCCCGUGUACAUCGGCGAUGUAUUCAAAGACCGGUACAAAGCCCUCAAUAAGAUUGGAUACGGUGUCUAUUCAACAGUCUGGCUGGUGCGAGACCUAGAGCCGGCACAAUCUGGCCCUGAAAAUGAGUUCCGAGCUCUCAAAGUGCUCAGCGCUGAAUGCUACGAAGGCAAGGAAGUCCCCAUCUUCGAACGGGAAAUCUUGACCCAUCUCCGACACGGAGACCGCCACCAGCUAGGGUACAAUCAUGUCUGCCAUAUCCUUGAUGACUUUGAGCAUCGUGGACCCAAUGGAACCCACGUCUGCCUUGUCUUUGAACUAAUGGGCGAGACGUUACGGAGCUUCGGCGCCUGGUUCGCGGAAAGUAGACUUCCAAACUCCGUGAUGCGGAGGUUCACCAUCCAGCUCUUGCUGGUUCUCGAUUUUGCUCACGAACAUAAUGUCAUUCAUACCGAUAUCAAACCAGAUAACAUUUUCGUCAAGCUCAGGGACUAUUCCUUGAUAGAAUCCGGUUACCUGGCCGAUGUUGCGGUUCCACUGCAGGAUCGGUCCGAGGAACAGUACUCUGUUGUGCCCUCAACACCUCUACGCCGCUACUACUUCAACGAAGCUGACAGUAGGCGCGCUGCCGAGUUCGACAUUGCCCUGGGAGACUGGGGCGUCUCUAGCUGGACGGACCGACAUCUCUGCGGUCUGAUCCAGCCCGCGCCGUGGGAUGCAAGCACCGAUUUCUGGAACCUAGGGGCUGUCGUGCUCGAGGUCUUUCAGGCGGUUCGCAUGUUCAGCGGGUCGGUCCCCCCGGACGGUCAUUAUGAGCUCAAGGAGCACCUAGCGGAGAUUGUGGACUUGUUUGGGCCCUUUCCCAAUGAGCUUUUGGAGAAAGGCAGUGAGAGCCUGGUCCAAAACCUCUUUGAUGGUGAUGGCUGGAUCAAGGACGCGCCACCAAUGGAUCCGCCGGGACUGGCGUCGGAAGCCUUUAUGCCAGGCCUCGACCAAGAGCUCCGGGAUGAGUUUGCCUCCUUUCUGCAUGCGAUGAUGAAGAUCAAUCCCGCUGAUCGGGUUUCGGCAGAGGACCUUUUACGACACCCCUGGUUAGACGCACUUUAG